AUGGAUGUGUUAUUGUUGUUACUGUCUCUAUUGGUUGCUUUCCUAAGCUUGAAUGUAGUUGAGAGCCGAAAAAAACCGGCUGAGGAGCACUAUGUUGAGUACUGUGCUAUGAGCUGCAGAGCUUACAGUGCCUUAGUGACGGAGUUUAGAGCGAGACAUAUGGGACCACCUCCUCCUGGACAGAUGUUGAGAGGACCUCCUCCACCUCGUCCUGGAAUGCAACAGCCGCCACGUCCCGGCAUGCCUCCUCCUCCUGGAAGUGGUGUUCCAGCGUAUGGUCCACCCCGGCCUGGCAUGCCUCCUCCACCAAAUGCUCCAAAUCAACAACAGCAAAAUUGA